AUGGCGUCGUAUCGCAGCGAGAAGAUGUACCUCGGAGAUGAGAAGAUUGUGAUCGCUUUGGAUAUUGGCACAACCAUGAGUGCCGCGUCCUAUUCGCAUCUCUUUAAGAGGUCCUAUCCUUCAGUAGAAAUGGUAACGCAAUGGCCAGGCCAACCGACCGCUAGUGGUUCCGCCAAGAUUCCAACGUUAGUCCUCUACGACGGAUCCCGGUGCGUUGCUUGUGGGGAGGAGGCUUUAAACUACGAACUAGAGGGCCAUGAAGAGCUGGCCAAGUGGUUCAAGGCGAGUCAAAUCCUUCUUCAUAUGCAUCCAGAUUCUCUCAAAGACCGAUCCCUUGACAUCCCACCACUUCCUACUGGCAUUCCUGUUAAACGAAUCUACAAGGACAUGAUGGAAUACAUGUUCAAGAACACUCAGAAGCACUUUGAGACCAAGGUCCCGAACGGUGCCUCCAUCUGGAGCAGACAUAGGGCCAACAUGGAGUUUGUCUUCGCCAUCCCAAAUGGCUGGGACUAUGUUCAACAACAGACGAUGCGACAAGCUGCCAUCGACGCUGGUUUCUUCCCGUCUCACAGAGCCGACUCUCUGCUCCAUUUCGUCACUGAAGGAGAGGCCUCGGUUCACUUUGUUUCCGUGUACGGCUCCAUGCGCCACUGGUUGAGCGUUGGCUCGACAUUUGGAGUUGUAGAUGCUGGCGGAUCAACUACGGAUAGCACCCUCUAUACUUGCACCGAGAUGACGCCAGAUGUGGUGCUGAAAGAGGCAGGCGUGAGUGAAUGUGUCCAGGCUGCCGGCGUCAACGUCGACGAUGUCCUUGGUCAAAUUCUCAAAGCCAAACUCGCAAACUCCAGGUUUGGAGAUGAAGAGAAUAUAAAGGCUAUGAUCGAGGCGUUUGAACUCAAGACAAAGCGUAUGUUUGAUGGGAACACCCCGACAAACGUGAUCAAGUUCGGUGGAAACCGCGAUAUGGACAUGAGUGUCGGUAUCAUCAAAGGUCAAAUCAGUUUGAAGAAGGAAGAGGUUCUUGCCGCUUUUACUCCAGUGCUCGAGAAUAUUGUUGGUAGUAUCCGCCGCCUGAUGAGUAGCAAACGCCCAAAGUACUUGCUUCUGGUUGGUGGCUUUGGCGAGUCGCCCUAUCUCAAAUCCCGGUUGAACGACCUCUUCGGUGGUCAAGGCAUUGAGAUUGUCACCGUAGAGCAACCAACGAAAAAAGCUGCAGCCGAAGGGGCUGUGAUAUGGUAUCUCAAGAACAUGGUGCGAGCACGAGUCGCGCGUGAAACGUAUGGAACCGACGUGAGGGCCAUCUACAACGCCUUGCUUCAUGGCGAACGGAGUCACAAGGUUGAAAGAGCCGUCGACGGCCUGCAGCGGAUUUCACAUGUAUUCGACACUUGGGUACAAAAGGGAACCACAGUCGACGAUGGGUUUUCAUAUACUGCGGAGUAUCACUAUUCCUGGCCCAAGAUUGGAUACUCCAAGCCAAAAUUGGCCGUCGAAGAGGUAGAGGUUUACAUGUGGGAUCGUGACACGGUCCCAACGUGGGCGAAAGAGGAAAACGGAUCAUUGACACCCGGUUUGCGGCGCAUCUGUACCGUCAAGGCUGACCUCUCCGCCCUCAAUAAUGAUGGUAUCCGAAUAGAGAAGGGUCCGAAUGGAGAAUACUGGAAGGCCGAUUUCCAAGUCGCGGUUACUUUGCCAAUUGGGGGUGCACAGCUCCAGGCCAGACUUCAAUGGCAUGAAAGGGGCGUCCUCAAACAAGGGCCAGCAAUUACGAUUGUCAGCUUUGAUUAA